GGAAGGAAGGCGUUUGACUUGCGCCUCGUGGGUCAGAAGCUUGGAAUCUCCUCCUGGACGGAGCGGUCUCCGCACUGUUGUGCCGCAGGAAACGGAGAGGACGGCACAGGUUGUGAGCAUUGGAGACCCAUCUACCAGCAGUCAUGGAUUACAGGGAGGAAAUUAUGAGCCAAAUAGUCCCAGGACAAUUUGACGAUGCUGAAGCUUCAGACAGUGCGCAGGUUAUUAAAGCAGCUCUGGAGAAGAAGGUGGUCAUUAGAACAGAGCGGUCACGUUUGUCCAAGGAAGACGACGGUGAUGAAUUUGAUGAGAGCAGCGAGGAUGAAGACGACGAAUGGGACUGGGAUGAUGCUGCCGGAAAGCUGAUAAAGCGAAAUCCAGUAUCUGGGCGAAGAAACCCGCAGGCAAACAAACAGAUUCCCAGUUGCAACUCAGCCAAAAUGUCCACUCCUACAGAUAAAGCCCUAAGAAAGUUUGAACAUAAAAUCAAUCUAGACAAACUACAUUUUGCUGACUCUGUCAUAAAUAAAGUUACAGAGAAGUCUAGACAAAGAGAAGCUGAAAUGUACCGGGUAAAAGAUAAAUCGGACAGAGCAACUGUAGAACAAGUUCUGGACCCAAGAACUCGAAUGAUUCUGUUCAAGAUGCUAACAAGAGGUGUCAUAUCUGAGAUCUAUGGCUGCAUCAGUACUGGGAAAGAGGCGAAUGUAUAUCAUGCCAGUACUGCAAACGGAGAGAACAGAGCAAUAAAGAUUUAUAAGACUUCUAUUCUGAUGUUUAAAGAUCGGGAUAAAUAUGUGUGUGGGGAAUUCAGGUUUCGCCAUGGAUACUGUAAAGGAAACCCAAGAAAAAUGGUCAAAACCUGGGCCGAAAAAGAGAUGAGGAAUUUAACAAGGUUACAUACAGCACAAAUUCCAUGCCCAGAACCCAUUAUGCUAAGAAGUCAUGUUCUUGUUAUGGGCUUUAUUGGCAAAAAUGACAUGCCUGCUCCUUUGUUGAAAAAUGCCCAGUUAUCGGAGUCGAAAGCCCGGGAGUCGUAUCUGCAAGUCAUACAAUAUAUGAGAAGAAUGUACCAAGAUGCCAAGCUUGUCCAUGCAGAUCUCAGUGAAUUUAAUAUGCUGUAUCACAGUGGGGAGGUCUAUAUCAUAGAUGUGUCCCAGUCUGUGGAGCACGACCACCCACAUGCUUUAGAAUUCCUGAGGAAAGACUGUGCCAAUAUCAAUGAUUUUUUUCAAAAAUAUAACGUUGCAGUGAUGACAGUGAGAGAGCUUUUUGAGUUUGUCACGGAUCCAUCGAUUACAAGUGAGAACAUGGAUGCUUACCUUGAAAAGGCCAUGGAAAUAUCGUCUGGGAGAACAGAGGAAGAAAGGUCCAACCAAGAUAACGUGGACGAAGAGGUGUUCAAGAAAGCCUAUAUCCCUAGAACCCUGACUGAAGUUAAGAACUAUGAGAGGGAUGUGGACAUAAUGAUGAAACUGAAGGAAGAAGACACAGCCUUAAAUGUGCAGCAAGAUAACAUUCUCUACCAGACGGUGACAGGGUUAAAGAAGGAUUUAUCCGGUGUUCAGAAGGUGCCUGCUCUCCUUGAAAAUAAAGAUGAAGCAGGAACGGAUUCGGAGGAUGAUGGCGGCAGUUCCGACAACUCCGAAUCGGGUGGCAAAGAACAGGAAGAGUCGGUGCAUCCUAAAGAUCGACCUGCUGGAACUGAUGUGGAUAAAAAGGAAAGGAAGAAGACGACCAAAGAGGCACAGAGGGAGAAAAGGAAACACAAGACCCCAAAGCAUGUAAAGAAACGAAAAGAGAAGACUGCAAAGAUGAAAAAGGGCAAAUAAGUCAAGGUUGUUGGGAUUUUUAGGGCAACAGUAGCCAUUCAUGACUUAACGGGUCGCUAUUUUGGUAGCAAAAUAACUCCACACACCAUUCAUCUUGGCAAGUAAUCAAAAGAACUUUGUGUCAGGACUCACCGUUACCACUGGCAAAGACCGGCUUCUCUACUCUUUUGUUACCCUUGUAUUCUGGUGGUAGCUCUCCACCAGAAUACACUCUUGGUGAAAAAUAAAAACAAAUAGAGAACUUUUAUAAGGCACUUGGCCAGUCCAGAGAAAUUUAUACAGCAUGUAAUUUUACAUUUUAGUAGAGUGAACUUCCAUAGGGAUGCCAUAUUUUGCACAAAUUCCUUUAUUUUUUGUGCUCGAAGGCUAUAGAUGCAGAUUGACAUACAGACGUAAAUAACAACAUGUAUAAGGAGGGAUAUACAUAUUCUCGAAGCUUUUAAAUUAUCUGCGACCUUGACGUGUGACAGGCUCUCUGUUUGCACAUCUUUUCAAAGAGAAGGACUUAAAGAAAAAAACCCAAAAACCUAUGGAUGUGCAUCUCAUUGAAAAUGUUUCUUCAUGUUCUGCCCACCCGCGUGGUCUGCAGCACCAAUGGUAUGCCGGCGUGAAUGGGGGAGGCGGGUGUUAUGCAGCAGGAAGCCAGGCCUGCCAAGAUGCUGAUCUUCCUCACUCUCUAGGUUUGUGUGGAUUUGUGUCGGCGUUGAAGCUGGGUUGGAGUGUGGAGAAGAGCAGCAGCCGCAGCCCUCACAUUACCCCUUUGCUGUUGUUUGUCAACCAUUGAAGGGCUAAGAGUGAGAAACAGUCUGCUGAUCUCAGAGUCCACCAGUUGCUGCCUGACGGGAGAGGAGCAACAGAGUUAGGCUGCCUAGACAGCUAGUUACAUCCUCCACCUUCUCUCUUGGAAAUGUAGUGUUUAUUUCUCCAUUGGUAAAUGUGCAUACAGUGACUCUUGCUUCUAUGAGCGAGAGAAUCCUGCCAACGUUCUUCAUUUUGUUCAUUUUUGUAGCUUGUUUUAAAUGGUAGAACUUGAACAACAGCUAUUUCUAUUUAUAAACGAGAAGAGAUACAAUCUGAUACCUAAGAGCAGCGAUUCCCAUUUGGAUCCAUCUUGUGCAAGUAUAACAUUUGUUUUUAAGAUCGGGAAAUUCAACUUCAGAGCAAGUAUUGCUAUCUUGUUUUGGAACACACUUCUGCAAAUGGGUGUUAGUCCAAUUCUAAUGAGCCAUUUUUGGUGUAAUCAAAUGCACUACAAAUAAUAUCUACAUGGUACAUUUAUUUGGCUCAGACUUUUAAGGAGUAGCAAUGUUCUAACAGCUGUGCAGGAUAAUAUUUUAUGUCUAUUACCUAUGGUGCUCUUCUGUUUUUAAAUAAAGCUGAACACAUUCUGCAUUA